AUGGACUCUACAAUCGACAUCUCCGACCCUGCCCGCGCCCUCUCUCUCCCACACAUCCGCUACCAACUCAUCCGACUGGAAGAUACCGUCCUCUUCCACCUCAUCGAGCGCGCCCAGUUCCCCCUCAACCCCACCAUCUACACCCCUGGCGCCAUCACCAUCGCACAUUCCUCCUCGACUUCCGCCCUCAGCUUCAUGGACUGGGUACUGCGCUCGCAGGAAGAGUUGCAAUCCAAGAUCCGGCGCUACCAGUCUCCGGACGAACAUCCAUUCUUCCCCGAUGCGAUGCAGCCGCUUGUAUUGCCAGAGCUCAAGUACCCGCGGAUACUGUGGGGAAACGACGUGAACGUCAAUGCCGAGCUGAAGCAGCGAUAUGUAGAGCAUAUCCUACCUGCCGUCUGUAAAGGAAAGAAGGAGCGGCCGGAGGCGCAGGAGAACUAUGGAUCUUCUGCUACCGCGGAUGUCGCAUGUCUACAGUCGUUGUCAAGACGAAUCCACUUCGGAAAGUUUGUGGCAGAGUCCAAAUUCUUGGCUGAACCGGAGAGGUUUGCGGAGUUGAUCAAGAAGGAGGAUAGGGAGGGCAUCGAUGCCGCCAUUACGAACGCUAAGGUUGAGCAGAAGGUCUUGGAGCGCUUGAGAGUCAAGGCGGAAAUGUAUGGUGUAGAUUCAGGAAUGGACGCUGACGCGCCCAGAAAGAUUGAUGUCGAGGCCGUGGUCGCCAUGUAUCGGGACCAUGUCAUUCCGCUAACCAAAGUAGUGGAGGUGGAGUAUCUGAUGCAGAGACUGAAGGGUACGGAGUGGGAGUGA